AUGUGGGAAAACUUGCGAUUGAACGCAGAGGAGGAAGAGAUAGUUGGCAUAGACGGAAAAGGAGUCGCGACUGUGAUGGAGAAGGGCGAUCGGAGUCUAAUAGGAAAGAUUUGGGCUGAACGGCAGAUAAAUAAAGCGGUGGUUCAAUCUACCAUGGGGAAAAUCUGGAGAAUUAGCAAGCCAGCAGAGUUUACUGAGAUGGGUCGAAAUAUAUUCAUGAUUACGUUCGCCAAUCACGCGGACUUGAAACGGGUGGAAGAGGGAAGACCAUGGUUGUUUGAUGGAUCGAUAUUUGUGAUGAAUGCAUUUGAGGGCUACACACCACUGAGUGAAAUGCAAUUUGAUGUGGCGGCGUUGUGGGUGUAA